GAUGUGAUGAAAAAAUCCUCUUCGGUACUGAUGAUCAGUCAGGACAAUACAGAGAACUUCUUUUACCAACUGUAGAGUUUGACCGGAAGAAGACGAACAGGAAUGCAUGUAGUAUUAACGAAUCUGGAAUUCUGGUGAACAAAAUUUCAGCAACAUCAACUUCUGACCAGACUUCCAGUCUGCAGCUUUUCCAUGGAGUGACAGCCAGAACGUGCAUUCCGCGACGAGGAAUAUCUUACUGGGAGACGAAAGUGGACUGCAUGGUACUAGAAUCGGUAGAAUUAAUCAAACUGACAGCAGAAGUCGGAGUUUCUAUGGACGAACACUGUGACGAUGUAGAAGUGAUUUCCCUCAACAAACAUGCUUGGAGUGUCAGUGUGUUCAGCUGUAGAUCUCACAACAGUAUUUGUUUAGGUGUUUUGUCACGUGGAGAGGGGCUGUAUCACAGUCCUGUGACAGAUUUUAAACACGACGACACACGACUCACUGUCACACUCGGGCUGUUAGUGGACUCGGACAACGCCACUCUCCACGUUAUCCGUGUUGACGACAACACAGUUGUACGCUCAAUCCCAAACAUCGACGUUUCAGGGCCGCUGAUGCCCAUGUUUGGUGUUGACGAUCGUCGAUAUUCCGAUGUUAAAAUGAAAAUAUCAUCUGGCCCAGAUCUCUCAGUAAACCGUGAACUGUUGGUCCUACUCUCGAGUUUAAUUAAAUAAGUGAUAAUGGGAGCAAGUCAUCCAAAUAGUUAAAGAUAAAGUUUGUUUUGUCUAACGACACCACUAGAGCAUAUCAAUUACUUAAUCAUCGUCUAUUUGUUGUCAAACAUUUGGUAAUAGUCGUCCAAAUAUGAACAUCAUGUGUCGGCGUUUAAUCGAUGUCGCUCGUUUAUCUCGCGAACCGGUCUCAGUAGUCUAGUGGUUAGGUCAUCGAGCUGGUAGAUUCACGAAUCGUAUUGGAAAAUAUUUAAUUUGAAAAAAUAAGAAUUAACUUUGGCGUCGGAAGCUGGGGACCAAAAUGAUAGUCGUGUCCAAACUCUAAAGUUUGUUUUAAUGACGCCACUAGAGCACAUUGAUUAAUUAAUCAUCGGCUAUUGAUGUCAACCAUUUGGUCAUUCCGACCAGUUGUCAGUCGUAGGAACAUCAUGUCUUGACGUUUAAUCGAGGUCGCUCGUUUAUCUAGCGAACCGGUCUCAGUAGUCUAGUAGUUAGGUCAUCGAGCUUAAGUCUGGUAGAUCCCUGAAUCGUAUUGGAACAUAUUUAAUUUGAAAAAAAAGAUUAAUUAACUUUGGCGUCGGAAGCUGGGGGCCAGAAUGGUAGUGGUGUCAAAACUCUAAAGUCUAUGCAAUGUCCCCUGUUAAAAUGUGAAUCGAUAUAUAGCUGAGCCCCCAACCCCAGUUGUUGACCUCUUCUGACUCCUUUAGGUUACGUGUUUAUGUUAAAAUUAUUAUUUUCAUUAUUCAUAGUAUUAACACAGCGUAAUUUACGAAUGUUAAUGAAGUAAGAGAAAUCUCAAGCUGGUGAUGUAGUUGCUUGUAUUGUACUUUGCAAACAUGAAACGUGAUUGAUAAAUUACCAACAUGGUGAUACAAAUAAUAUACAAGUCAGAGCUCUUGGGUGAAUGACACACAGGUCUCCCGAUAGAGUUGACAUUGUUUAUGUUACAAAACUGUCUCUCGGAUCUUCCAGUAGAGUUUGUGCUUUGUGGGAGAACUUCAAGGCGUGUGAACAGUAUCUGUUCUUCCCGAGUCUGUCUUUCAUGGUCAAGGUCAAGGUCAAAGGGUUUUACGUGCACGUUCAGAGCAAGCUGUUGUAGCGCACGCCUGUCGUGGGCACAGGUGCCGGCCUUGGCCGGCCUCUCUGUCCAAGACAGGAA